GACACUGCGACCGCACCACCGCUGCCCGUACAAGAGACGCCAUGAGUUUAGGAGACCGCGCCUCCUUUGGGCCGCCUCUCCAUUUCCGCUCGAGCUUCCGCUUCCGCCGGAGGUCGAGCGAGGCCGCUCUUUCCUCUUAGCUCGGUUGGUGACGCUGUUUGCCCUCAGAUUGUGGAGGAGUCUCGGGUCCUGCCGCUGCUGGCGGGGGAUCCCAGCAUUGCUUCAGUGAUUGUUUCUUUGGAGUAUGAUACUGUUUUUCUCCGUGCUUGGCUUUUUUGACCUAUUGUGCUGCUCUCUAACACCCUUAUUUAGACGCCUGCUUGGAGGUUAUGGCUGAUAAGCUGGACCCCAGUUCUCCAGCUGAUGCUUCAGAGCCACUGUUUUCCUUUGGAGUUAUAGCAGAUAUUCAGUACGCUGAUUUAGAAGAUGGAUACAAUUAUCAAAGAAGCAGGCGGAGGUACUACCGGCACAGUCUUAUUCACUUACAGGGUGCCAUUGAAGACUGGAAUAAAGAAAGCAGCAUGCCCUGUUGUGUCCUGCAGCUCGGAGACAUCAUUGAUGGCUACAAUGCACAGUAUAAAGUAUCAGAAAAAUCUCUAGAACUUGUCAUGAACACAUUCCAAAUGCUUAAAGUUCCAGUCCACCACACAUGGGGAAACCAUGAAUUCUAUAACUUCAGCAGAGACUACUUAGCAAACUCUAAACUUAACAGCAAGUCUCUAGAAGACCAGAUUGUACAGCAUCCUGAGACCAUGCCAUCAGAGAACUAUUAUGCUUACCACUUUGUACCAUUCCCUAAAUUCCGGUUCAUUUUACUUGAUUCUUAUGACCUGAGUAUCUUGGGCAUAGACCAGUCAUCUCCUAAAUAUGAGCAGUGUAUGAAGAUGCUGAGGGAGCACAACCCAAAUGUGGAGUUGAAUAGUCCCCAAGGACUUUCUGAGCCCCAGUAUGUCCAGUUUAAUGGAGGAUUCAGCCAAGAACAGCUGAACUGGUUGAACGAAGUUCUUACAUUCUCUGACACAAACCAGGAAAAGGUGGUGAUUGUGAGCCAUCUUCCCAUUUACCCAGAGGCCUCUGACAGCGUGUGCCUGGCUUGGAACUACAUGGAUGCCCUGUCAAUCAUAUGGUCUCACAAGUGUGUGGUGUGUUUCCUUGCUGGUCACACACAUGACGGUGGCUACUCUGAAGAUCCUUUUGGUGUGCACCACGUCAACCUUGAAGGAGUUAUUGAGACAGCUCCAGACAGCCAGGCCUUUGGCACAGUCCACGUCUACCCUGACAAAAUGCUGCUGAAGGGGAGAGGCAGGGUCCCAGACAGAAUUAUGAAUUACAAAAGGGAACAAGCUUUGUGAUUUUAGUCUCCUUAUCUUGUCUGCUUUGUAGAAAGUGAAUGAUACUGUUUUACAUUUUACUACAUCCUGUAAGUUAAAUUCUCUGUCGCACUGUUAAGUAUUCUGUGUAUAAAAUGUAUUUGCACCUUGAGUAUGUGUGAGUGAAGAUAAAACUCAGAAAUGUUUUUUUUGGAUACUAUAUCCAGUUACUGAGAGCUAGUACUAAAAGUAUUAAAGUAAAUCAGGAAGGAGA